AUGGCGGCUUGCUACAUGCGGCAGACAAACUGGAAGGCCUUUGUACUGUUUAUUUUGUCAGCUAUUAUAUUAAUUGACCAUGUUUAUAAAUGUACUGCAAUACUGAUCAACUGUUUCUCCACAGUAUACAAAGCUACAGUCACUGUGAUAGACCUCAGGGAUGACUAUGAUAUAUAUGUAAUGAAGAUUGAGGACGUUAUUAAAGAAGGUACUGAUGAGAACCCUCGGGGUAAUACACAUAAUUUUAUAAGUCAUGCAAAAUGCCGGAAGUCCUUGAAAUUGGAGGUUGGCCAAAGUUAUUUGGUAUGGGGCACAACCACAGAUCUUUGGGAACAGCCAUCUAGCUACUCCUACAUCAUUGGUAAAGAGACAUGGAUUGAGCGGUGGCCAAAUGAGAAAGAAUGUCAGACUGCUGAGUACCAACAGGCUUGUGAGGACAUUACAGUUGUAGCUGAAAACCUAGAGCUUGGGGGCUGUCCUAACUGA